UACCAGGUAGAAAUAAAAAACAGAAGUGUUUCGGCCAUCCAGGACCGGAAUUGAAGAACCCUGUUGUAGACUGACAGUGAACCUCAAACCGAAAGACACAAACAUGGACGAGAUUGCAAGUGAAAGUUUCGUGAUGGCUCGCUUUCCUAAAAAGAGGCUCCUGUCUGAAGUGCAUGAUGUGAACUCUCCCACCACAGACGGUUCUUCUGAUAGUUGCCAUCCUGAGGAGGACGUGGCUGCUAUAUCAACCAGAUCCCACAGUGAGGGGAAGGAGAUCCACCAACGUAAGAAGAGGCACCUACCGCUGUCUGAUGAGGAAGGGGAUCAUGGGUACUGUGAGGAUGAUGUGAACCUUCCCACCGACACAGACAGUUCUUGUAACGGAGGGCCUCCUGAGGAGGACGUGGUUGCUACAUCAACCAGAUCCCAGAGUGAGGGGAAUGAGAUCCACCAACGAGAGAGCCCCAGUCCUACUAUCAUCAACGCUCCAGACCAGCCAACGGACCCCCAAAAUCAAGUUGAUUUUGAUUUACGUUAUACAUUUGACAUUUUACAAAAAAAAGUUUGCAUUCAAAAAAUGAAUAAGAAAUAUACAUGGCCAUUCUUAAAUCCAACUGGUGUUCUGUAUGUUGCAAUUUUGGAACUUGAAAAUAUGAAAAACAAACCUCUAAUAGUUAUUAGUUAUACCAAAGACUUUCUUUUUGAGAAAUAUAAUUUUUUUUUUAAAAGAAACAAAAUAUCCAUCUAUUUGCUCAACUCUCCUUCUCAAUAUACAGGUCAUAAAAUAAAGGAUGCGGUAGAACUAGACACGUAUCAAAUAACUAUCGUUCCAGACUGGCCAAUGGAAAACCAAAACAUCCCAAGUCCUUUUGAAAACAUUAGAGAAUGUAUUGAUAAGUUCUACUCAUCAGUAAAUGCAGAUUGCAAGCAAAAGUUUGAUACGCAACAUGCAUGGGCAUUUAUAGAGUCACCUUGUGGUGGAGAACCUGUAUUUGUUGGAUUAUUUAAAUUAGAAGAUGGGAGGAAGAAGAAUGAUAAGGGCACAUGUUUUAUUAUUCAUACUGAAGAGUUACUUCUUGAGGAAGUCCCAAAAAAAUUGAAAAACGAUGAGAAAUUGCAAAAUAGUAACUUGUUUAUCUAUACGUACAACUCUCCAUGUUUGCUAAAUAUAGGUCAUGAGUCAUGCAUGAAUUUACUGUUUAAGGUUUCAGCAGAACUGAACAGAUCUUAUGGUAUAAAAACUAUUGUUGGAUACAGCAAAUGGUACGGUUUGACUGGAGAUUUGAAAACCUUUAAGAAUACAAAUAGUCCCUCAUUCAGUCACUUUAAUUAUAUAAUCAGUAGUUCUAAUUAUGCAGACUAUUGUGAUAAAUUAGUCAUUUUGAAUGAGAAUUCUAAAGAUGUAGAACUUCCCAAUGAACUUUAUGAUUUUAUUAAACUAUUUAUGCCCAAUAACAUUUCAGAAGUACCUUUCAGAUUGCUAAAAUAUAACGACGUCUAUAGAAAAGUGACAAAUUUUUUCAAGACAAUUAGCAAUUAUCAUAAUAAAACAAAUGUGAAAACCGAUAAGAAAAAAGAAAAGGAAAGUCUUGACCUAACUUUUUCCAUACCCUAUUUUGGAUCUCUUAAUCAAUUUCUAAGACUUUCGGAGUGUCUAGCUGAAAAAUUUGAUUUGGUAAAACACAUUGGUAAUGAUUUAGAUCGAUCUAAAGUAAAGUUCAUAGAAUGGUGGACUAAAACAAUGGAAGACCAAUUGGCUACUUUUCUUAAACGAGCCAUUGAUAGAGGUCCUAGUGAAGAUAAUCAUAGAAUCACAGUCCUCAAUCACAUCAGCAGUAACCCUGUAGAAUAUUUACAGUUUUGUCACUUACCACUAAACACUUUCCACAGCCUAUUGAAUAACUACAUGUGAAUACAUGCUGCGUAUUCAUUUAUUGAGGUUGUGAGCUAAAGAUUAUUCAAAUAUACAGUUGAAGUCGGAAGUUUACAUACACCUUAGCCAAAUACAUUUAACUCAGUUUUUCACAAUUCCUGACAUUUAAUCCUAGUAAAAAUUCCAGCUCCAAACAGGACUCCUUAAUAAAUCUCCAUAUUUACCUCACAAACACUAAUUAUACUAGUUAACUACACAUAGCACAGACACUCACUCCUCAGUGGUUGGGAAUGGGUAUGGGAGCUGGACACGUAGCGACCCAGACCCUCUGCUGUGGGAGAUCACACCUACUGACUCAAGGUGGUGGGAAUGGGUAUGGGGGCUGGACAUGAUAAUGAUGUCUCCACUCCCCCUAUGGUGAAUUGCUGUACUGUAAACUUGUGCUUUAAUAAAAAAAGUUAAUUCCUCA